AUCCUUACUAGAGUCCUCGUCGUUAAGCGACAAACAAACCUCUGGCGACGACAAAUUUCAUCUCACCACCGAAACGGUGAAUGAGGUCGAUGAAGCUGCACAGUUCUCAAUCCAGGGCACGAUUGACCCUAAAGAGGCCAUUAGAGUCCGGCGUAAGAUAGAUCUGCAUAUUCUCCCUCUCAUGUGCAUCGUCUACUGGAUUACCUACAUGGAUAAAACCACUCUUGGCAGCUCUGCGAUUCUGGGCCUUAAGACGAGCACGCAUCUAAAUGCUACUCAAUACAAUUGGCUUGGUACAAUCUUCUAUCUCAGUUACCUCGUCUCCGCAUUUCCGCAGAAUCUAGCACUUCAACGCUUUCCCGUCGGCAAGUGGUUGAGUGCAAAUAUUUUCGUUUGGGGCAUUACUUUAUGCCUUCAUGCAGCUUGCAAGAAUUUUAAUGGCCUCUUCGUCGUACGCCUCAUUCUUGGCGCGUGUGAAGCGUGUAUCACCACCGGAUUCAUGAUUGUCAGUGCGAUGUUCUACACGCGCAGGGAGAUAACACUUCGUAUCGGCUGCUGGUACUUGAUGAACGGGAUUGCAGAGAUUACGGGUGGUUUUCUCGCCUUCGCAGCAUUGCAUAUCAAGACAGCGAAUUUUGAGCCUUGGAAAUGGCUGAUGAUCAUUUGCGGGAUAAUAACCAUUGUCGCUGCGGUUUGCUAUUGGUUCCUUUUCCCGGAUUCGCCGACAACAGCAUGGUUUCUGACACCCGAAGAACGCGUGAUCGCCGUGAAUCGCGUCAAAGCCAAUCAGACAGGUGUCGGGAAUAAGCACUUCAAGAAGGGCCAGAUGCUUGAGUGCCUCAGGGACCCAAAGACAUGGAUAUUCGCUAUCUGCGCUGGAAUUAAAAGCGUUUUCAAUUCCCUCACGAACCAGAACAGCCUUAUCAUCAAAUCUUUCGGAUUCACUGAGUUACAGACCACACUGCUCCUUUGCGCUACCGGAGGAAUCAAGAUAACUUCCGCCCUUUCAGGAGUAGCGCUCGCUACAUACUUCGACAACAUCGCAUACGUUGGGGCCGCGUACUACAUAUCAACGGUAAUUGGGUCAAUCCUCGUUAGCACUCUGCCGUGGUCAGACAAGGUUGGCUUGCUCAUAAGCGAAUAUCUCGUUGGCGUAGGUGGAGCGGCAGCUCCGCUUGGACAUUCGUGGGUUACGCAGACGACAGCGGGACACACCAAACGCAUCACAAUGAACGCAGUAUGGUUCAUCGCGGAUUCCGUUGGAAGUGCUAUCGGUCCGCAGAUGUGGGUAGAUCAGUUUGCUCCUCGUUACCAUGUCCCUUGGGCCAUUCUUUCCAUAUCCCACACGGGCGCCAGUCUGCUUUUCCUACUUCAGCGCUACUUACUCGACAAAGAGAACAAGAGGCGUGACCGAGAACCUCCGGACGAUACGUACGAUGAUGUCUGGGUCAAGAUUACAGAUGAAAAUGGUGAAAUUAUCAAGAAGAAAAUUGACAGGUCCUUCCUCGAUCUUACGGACCGUCAGAAUCGCGAGUUCCGUUACGUCCUCUGACUUCGUCGCCAUGGUGGAUGCGGCAGGCGUAGUAUACAGAAGCUGAAUCCGAUAUGAUUAAAAGAAAAGUGUUUGUAGAACAUGUAUCUGAAAGCAAGAAACAGAGCGUUCGAGAGCGUUUUUGUAAGAGUAUCUUCC